GUCCCGCUUUUCUCUGUUUGCUUCCAAGUCCCGCCAUGGAAGCCACCUUCCUCAGCUCCCAGUUCUUCCCCUCUAAACUUCCAGGUUCUCAUACUCAAAUUUAUUCCCUUCCCCUAGUUAGAACCAAAACCAACUGCGUCUCCUUUAAGACCAAUCCUAUCCGAUUAAGCACCAGAAAUCCAAUUUCGCUAAACAGGAAUUUCGUCUCUAAAUUAAGCACUAGAAUGUCUGCUACGUUUUCAGACCGAUUUCGAGAUGAGUACACAGCUGUUGAUUCCCUAGACCUUGGAGUUGCACCGGUGGCACCGAAUGAGGGGGCGGAUGUUGUUAGAGUGGAUGAGAGUGAGGGUUAUAAUGGUGCGGAGGCGAAGCCGAUAAUGUUUAGGAACAGGUUUCUGGAUUUUGUGAGGAUAAGUUCAGUGAUUAAUAAUGCUGCUGAGUCGUUUUUUAAGAGUGAGAUUAGGAGGAGGUUGUGCGUGACGGCGGCGCUGAUUGUGAUAAGUCGUGUGGGUUAUUUUAUUCCUCUGCCUGGGUUUGAUAGGAGGUUGAUUCCUCAGGAUUAUCUCAGCUUUGCCUCUGGAUCCGUUGAUCAGCUUGGCGAUUUUACAGCAGAGCUUAAAAUGUCCUUGUUCCAGCUUGGGAUCAGCCCUCAAAUUAUAGCUUCGAUUAUUAUGCAGGUACUUUGUUAUCUUGUUCCCUCCUUGGUGAAGCUGCGGAAAGAAGGCUUAGAUGGUCAAGAGAAGAUUAAGAGUUACAUAUGGUGGAUGUCUCUUGGCUUUGCGAUUGUGGAGGCUGUUAUAGUUUCUUGUUAUUCACUUCCAUAUUCAAUCUACGUAGCUAGCCACAGGGUCAAGCAUGUGAUGCUGACAAGUAUGUUAUUGGUCUGUGGUGCUAUGACAAUGACGUGGAUAUGUGAUACCAUUACAGAAUCUGGAUUCGGACAAGGUUCAUCUUUAAUAAUAUGUGUACAAAUAUUGAUUGGCUACACAGAGACAUUGUACAAUAUGCUGACCCAGCUCUCAGGAAGUUCUGUUAGUUGGUGGCCAUACUUAGUUGGAGUAUUGGGUGUUUUCACUAUAGUCACUAUGUGGGCAGUUGUGGUAACUGAAGGCUGUAGGAAGAUAAAGCUUCAGUACUAUGGUUUUAAGCUUGCUUCUGCUGCAAGGGAUGACUCACCUGUUACUGAAGUGGAGCCAUAUAUACCUUUUACUAUUAAUCCAGCAGGAAUGCAGCCUGUUCUCACUACUACUUAUCUCUUGGCAUUUCCCAGCAUUCUUGCAAGUCUUCUUGGUUCGUCUUUCUGGGAGCAUGUUAAGGAGAUAUUGAACCCUGAUACUUCUAUUGGUGCAGCGCCUUGGGUCUACUACACAAUUUAUGCAUUUUUCGUCUUCUUAUUCAAUAUAUUUGACAUUGCCAACUUGCCGAAGGAAAUUGCUGAUUACUUAAAUAAGAUGGGUGCCAGGAUACCAAAUAUAAAACCUGGGAAGGCUACGAUUGAAUACCUGACAAAGAUUCAGGCAUCAACACGUUUUUGGGGUGGUGUAUUGUUAAGCAUCCUAGCAACAACAUCAAGUAUACUUGAUCAUUAUUUACGUAACAUUAAUGCUGGAUUUUCAAUCGGGCUGACAUCAGUAUUAAUAAUAGUGGGUUCGAUCAUUGAACUUAGAAGAUCAUAUCAAGCAUAUAAUGUAAUGCCUAGUUUAAGUAAAGCUUUAAGUCGGUAUGGUGUGUAGCUUCCAGGAAAUCUUCUGCCUUCUAGUCCAAAGUGCUGGAAUUUGUAGACCGAUGAAACACCUACAGCGGUUAAGGGAACCUUACAUUUACGAUCAGUUUUAAGGGGUCUCAGCUGGUGGUUUUGAGCAGAAUACUCAUCGUCAGCAUGGUUUCUGCAUCUCAUGGGAAAGAUUUCGUUCCCAUUAGUCCAUCAGAUCAACCCUAAUUUUGUCACGUCUACAAAUAGGAAUUCCAGAUAGAUGUUAAACCUAGUUGCACUUCAAAAGUAUAGCUCGCUAUUCUUGUAACUUGUAACAUUAAGGUCUUUGACAGUGCAUCUUCUUUUGCAUUCACAAGCAUCACGAACAAAGUUUCGUCUAUCGA